GAAAUUUGCUCUCAUGGGUCCAUGGCAAUUUGAUAAAGGAGAGACCGGAAAUGUUCAUGAAGGGAGAGUCUGUGAGACCAGGUGUUUUAGUUCUUGUAAAUGAUUGUGACUGGGAGCUAAGUGGUCAGCUCGAUACGAUCCUUGAAGAGAAAGAUGUGGUGGUUUUUAUUUCGACACUGCACGGGGGAUAGUUUUUGCUUGGUUAUGUUUGUCAUGUGGUUAGAUUUUUGAACAAAAACACAGAGACAUGGUCAUUGGGUGUUGUUAUCUUAAUCACAAACCAGAUUAUCCAUUAUAUUAUAACUGAUUAGGAGGCAGAUGAAGAUUUUUCUGUUUUAGUUUCUUCUUAUUCUUGUGUUUUGUACCUUUGGGAUAAUGGAUGGAUGUAGUUUCUUUGUGCCAAUUAUCAACGAAUCAAUUUUGAUGAUUGCU